CAUGACUGAGUGACACUUUCCUAAAUGUUGUGUAAAAGUAACUGUGGUGGCGGGUCACAUGCAUUUGAAGCUCUACUGCUGUGGACUAACUCAGACCAUGCUCCUGUUGCAGCUCACCUGAUCACAAAGAACGCUGGUUAAACACUCUCCACAGGAACAUCUGUGAGACUAAAGCUCGAGCUGGUAGAGAGUGUGCUCCCUCAGACGGCCACAUGAAGGUGUCGACAGGAAACAUUGCAGUGAAAUCUCUAAGCGGAGGGGGCAUGGAACAUCUUAUUGAACUACCAAUCAAUGGUAACACAGGCAUCACAAAGCUGGCGCCCAGUAUAACCGCAGAGGACAAGCUGAGUGAGACCCGCUGGAGGGGAGUGGUGCGGAGACUGAAGAGCAGCUCCAGCUUCAUCCACAAAAAGAAACAACUGUUUGGGAGACCUCUGAGUAAAGUGUGCGCUGGAGGCUGCCUGCCCAAAGCAAUACUGGAGAUCUUGGUGUUGUUGAGAAAGCGAGGCCCAUCCACGGAAGGUGCAUUUCGAAAAUCCUGCAACAACAAAAAGAUGCAGGAGGUCCGGGAGCAGCUGGAGAGUGGGGCAGAAGUGUCGUUGGAGGAACAGCCUGUGGCCCUACUCGUGGGCCUACUCAAAAGCUUUCUGAAGGAGCUGCCGGACAGUCUCCUGCACACUCAGCUGUAUGAGAGGUGGAUGAAAGCCUUCAACCAGGAGGAGCCCCAACAGAGAGUCGAGGAGUUCAAGAGAGUGUUGGAAGACCUUCCCAGGCCAAAUGUUGUGCUGCUCCAAUACCUCCUCUGUGUCCUGUACCACAUCCAGCAGAACUCCCACUCAAACAAGAUGAGCGCCACCAACCUGGCUGUGUGUAUAGGGCCCACACUGCUGUGGUCAGCUGGCACACCCCUGGACGAACAGCCUGACCGCAUGAAGGAGGUGGCAGAUCUGACACAGUUCUUGAUCGAGCACUGGGAGAUUGUUGGAGACAACAUCCCGAAUCUACUGGAUACAGAUGAAGACUCUGCGUCCUCUCAACAUCAUGACUCGGCCUAUGACAGCACAGACCCCGAUGGAGACAUAGAGCAGGCUGACAGUUCCACAGGAGGCACUGAAUCCACGCGGGACUUCUCCUCUCUCUCCAACAUCACGCAGGAAUCGUCUUCUCCUCUGACCUUCAACGCUCCCUUCACCCGCCGCUGCUCUGAACCCAUCCUCCGCUUGUCUGCGGACUCACCCGGGCUCCGUUGCCAUGCCUGGAGCCGUGAUGACUGCUCCGUGCCCACUCGCUUCUCCUCCGAGCAACCACUGACAAAGCAAUCCUCUGAUGAUGCCAUUUUGAGCUGCAGGAGAAACUCCUCUUUCUCCCAAAACAACAUGGAUGCCUUGCUUUGCCAUUCGACUAAUCGCACCCGAGAGUGUUCCUGCUCCUCUCUGGACAGCAGCGCAUCCAACCAAUCUGAAGGAUCAGUUUUUACGAGCUCUCCCGUGGGGUCCCCGACUUGUCUGAGGAAACCCAGCUCCUCACAGUUCAACCCUGAAAAGCUGGAUGAUAAAAAGCGCUCCCUGAAAGUCCUCCUCAGAGCUCGGAGUUUUAAUCGGAUCUCUCUGAAGAAGACAGAUCUGCAAAGUGAAAGUACGUACCCAUGUGAGACACUUCAAGAGGACUUACUGAGUGAAGCUGUGUCCCCUAAACCCCGCCCACUCUCAGCCAUAGAGGUAUUCAAACACAAAGACAGUCGACUAAUGUGUGAGCCCCCGUCUUACCAACAAGCUGUUCAAAACAUAGGACAACCCCCACCGUACGGCAGCAUGACAGUUCAGGACGCCAUUCAACUGGACAGGAGGUCUCGUCCGUCAUCGGUCAACUACGACUGGCCCAUAGUUGGACAUGUGUUGAGGGAGAAGGUGGAGAGGGUGGAGAGGAUGGAGAGGGUGGAGAGGGUGGAGCGGUUGGAGCGGGUGGAGAGGAGACCCAGGGCUAUGUCAGAAUCUGUACCAGCAGGACGUUCAGAUUCCCUGCUCCGGAGAUGCAGCCAGCCCCUGUUUGAAGAAUUCUCAUACGCAAAGGAGUCCUACGUUUGAGGAAAAGCUGUUUUAGAAGACUUGAGAAUUGUUUUCUUCUUGUGUCCACGUAUUAUUAUUGCACUUCAUGGACUCAAAUUAAGGCAGUGACGGCUGAGAAGCUCACUGCAUUACACAUUAUACUAUUCCUGGCAUUGUUCUGAAAGACUGAUUCAUCUGAUGACAUAGAGUGUGUUGUCCUAAGCUGCAAAAAGAAAAACUAGAAUAUUAAUACGCUCUGGAGUAGUCUUUAUAUACAGAUAGAUGGAUAGAUUCCAUAAAUUGUUUGAGAAUUUGAACUGGUUUUAACGUGUGUGUUUUCAAUAUGACUUGUAUGAGAUAGACAGAUACAUGCAAAGUUUGGCAGCAACAUAGAAACAGCAUUUAAAGUUAAAGUUAAGAGUUCAUUCUCUUGCACUCAUCAGCUAUAGGAAAGCUUUGUACAGAUGUGUGGCACAAAGGACAAAGGACUCCCAGAGUGUGUGGAUGGAGCAGACUCUACCUGUGGAGUAAAUCCAUUGUUUGUAAGAUAAAUUAGUAAAAAAGAACCCCAUCAAAUUACAUCUAAAAGAAUUGAACUGUGUUGUGUGACUUUUCUAGUUCACCUGCUUGUCCUUCCCAGCAUGGCAUUAAACUUUAGUAUGUCUUUGUAGACAAGCAGGUGAGUUAGAAGUCAGUUGUGAGGGGGGACCCUGCUAACUGUGAGUGAGUGCACGUUUGUCAAGGUACUUUGGAGCGUGUCAUUAAAUAAAUGCUAGAAAGUGACAUAGUGCACCUUCUGAUAACUCCUGUAAAAUCUUCCUUUGUGCACUGUGUUUGAACCUCCCAUGUAUUGUGCAGUCUUUAAGCUAUAGCCAGUAUAUGCUGUUGUACAGUUUUUGUUCUUAUUUCUUUGUAAAUAGAACACUCCUUUCUCCUCACUACACUCAGGCACUUUUACACAUUUGUUUUGCUAUGCUUGAAUAAAGUCCAGUAGAAGUCA